GUCUAGUGGGAUACACUACGCAUGCGUACUUGUUAUGUCGAUGUGGCUCCUUCCCUGUGAACCAAAGUUUCCACUUUUAGUUGGGCUUCAGGUUUUUCAGAGCAAAGUUUCGUCAUGCGAGUUUUUACUGUGGCUUUGUUUUGCGUUUACAGUCUAGUUGCAGCAGUUGAAGACGACAGGCUGCCGAAUAAAUGCGAAGUCUGCAAGUUCCUGACCGUGGAGCUGCAGGAGGCUCUGGAGAAGAGCGGCCGCUCCAAGGAGGUCCUGGAGCUCGGAGAAGUCCUGGACACGGGGAAGAGGAGGAGGAAAAUAAAAUACAACACCUCGGAAACGCGGCUGACGGAGGCGGUGGACAACAUAUGUGAGCGCAUCCUGCAGUAUAACGUCCACGCAGAGAGGCCUGGCAGCCUCCGAUACGCCAAGGGUGCGAGUCAGACCAUGACGACUCUGAAGAACCUGGUGCACAAAGGAGUGAAGGUGGACCUGGGAAUGCCCUACGAGCUGUGGGACGAGCCCUCGGCUGAGGUGUCUGAUAUGAAAAAACAGUGUGAGACGAUGCUGGAGCAGUAUGAGGACGUGGUGGAGGACUGGUACUUCCAUCAUCAGGAUCAGAGGCUGGAGAACUUCCUGUGUAAAACCCACGUCCUAAAGACGUCAGAGCGAGAAUGUCUGAAGGAGGUGUGGAAAGGAGACAUGGGGACAAAGGGGGGAGCUGAGGAGGAGACGAGGAGCGACAAAGCAGCAGCAGACAGUGAGACAAAGGAGAGGGGGAACACACACGAUGGUGGAGAGCUCUGAGAACAGCCAUUUUCAAACUGGGAAAUGCAGAAGACAACACUAAACCUCAGUUUUGGAGAAAUCUUUGGCUAGAAGUUGUUCUCUUGUCUAUUUAUUUCUAUGGAUUCAUCCAUUGUGAGACCAGUCCAGUGUUGUAGUUUGUGGGCACUGUUACAUAUCAUUGCUCCUUAUCCCAGCAUUAUAUGGUACAUAUGAAUGUUUUUUUUACCCUGAACUGCAGUCUUUAAAUGCAAUAUAUAAUUUUUUAUCAUGUAAAAUAAAGGUCUUUUAUAACAAUGUAA